AAAUCAACAUCGUCGAAAGAACUUCCAACCUCAAUCACCGUUCAUCAGCGCAACCUCAGCCAAGAUGACGAAGCGAACCAAAAAGGUCGGAGUUACCGGCAAGUACGGUACAAGAUAUGGUGCAUCGCUGCGAAAGCAAGUCAAGAAGAUGGAAAUCACACAACACGCCAAAUACGUCUGCACCUUCUGCGGAAAGACGACCGUCAAGAGACACUCUGUGGGAAUCUGGAACUGCAAGGCAUGCAACAAGACUGUCGCUGGAGGAGCAUACACCGUAUCAACGCCCGCCGCCGCUGCCAUGCGAUCGACUCUCCGAAGAUUGAGGGAAAUUGCUGAGGUUUAGAUGGGUUGGGAUGGAUGUGUUAUGGUUGGCAUUGCUGGUGUCUGGG